AUGCAAGAUAAAUCUAAUACUAAUUCAAGUGUCAUUGAGUCUUAAUCGCAGAAGAAGGGAGUUGAAAGUUUUGAAUAGCAGAAAAGGAAACGAACACGCAAGGUCAGCGAUGCACUUCGCGUACAUAAGUGUGAGUGUGGGAAGUCUUACUUGAGUUAUCCAGCCUUGUACACUCACAACAAAUAAAAACACAAUGGGUAAUCUCUAAAGAACCUAGAUGAACAAAGACAGGAUUCGACGAUUUCGGAGUCUCAGACUCAAUACAUCUUCGCUACUCUUGCAAAUGCCUUAGGUAAGUAAGAAGACCAACAACAGACUUCUCUUACAAACAAGGACAUGUAUGAUCUCGUGAUGUGGGAAAUCUAGUUAUAUAUGAUGGAAUCUGAUUCCAAAGAGUUUCGAUUAGACUAUUAUCAUGAAUUAUUGAAAUAAAGUUCUCCGGCUGAAGUCUCCACUCCUCAGCAUGCCUUCAUCAAGUUCAUUCAUGAAGUCAAAGAAGUCCUGAGCUUUGAGUAGAUGAAAUUAGUCUUUCUUUUUGUGUAUUCCUUCAGACAAUUACUCUUAGAGAAUCCAGAUUGCCCUACGAGUAAUUUGGUUGAGAAGGCUAACCAGCUGAUUUGUUCUCAAUUAGAAAAGGUUUUAAAAAACAUCGAAUAACUUUCGGACCGACAUUAUAUAGUACAUUUAAGUAGAAUGGGAAAUCUGCGAGAAACUAUGAUCCAAAUUGUGCUCAGCUUUUGCAAUUGGCUCUAUGCUCGUAAUUUGACUGAUGACAAGUUAUCUCUAAAGAGUGAUUCGGAUUGA